AUGCCUAAAAAGAAGGAAAAACGUUCCAAGAAAGCAGCAAAAGAAUUAAAAACUGUAUCCGAGGUUGGUGAAAUUGAUUUAAAUAAACCGAUCAAAAAUCGAUUUGAUCCGAACGACCCUGUCCUGUUUGAUUUAACACUACCGACAUUUGAAAAAGAGCUACUAGAUCAAGAGCGUGAUCGCGUAGGCAAGCUGAACGAGAAGAAAUCGAAAGAGGAAUUAGUAAUCGAUAGACGCAAGAAAGAAAUUAAGGCAAAAGUCAAGGAGAUUUUGAAAAUUUCGCCCACGAAGUACGAACCAAUUGAACCGGCAAUACGGGAUAAAAAUAUCAUUGACGUUAUAAUGGCCCAACGAAGUGAAAAAAUUGUGGUGAAACUAUCUGAUGGUACUCGGAUUACUUUACCUUUGGCAAAAUUUGAUUCCAACGCGCCGCUGUAUCGGGGAUCUGGGUGGACAAAAGAAACGAUCGAAGAGGAGCACCAUCACGGACGUGAAACCUUUUCACUCGCGAAGUUAUUUGAAGCGAAAGAACAAGGCGUUGAAGAAUGGGAAUUGGAAAUGAUGCGAUUAGCGAACAAACGAAAAAAAAAACUAAAAGGUGAAGAUUCCGUGGAUUGGAAAGAGAUGCUGUCUGGUUGUUUGGAAAAUAUGGAUUGGGACAAAUUUGAAGAAGAUACUAAACAAAUUAUAGAUGAGAAAGAUGAAGUGGUUGAAAGCGAAGAUAUACCAAUGGCUGUUGACGAUAUGGAAAAAACAAAAAAUGUCAAUGAAAAACUGAAAAAAGGCGGAGAAGAAGUUUUAUCACAACUCGCUACCAUGAAAGAAGUCCCUGAGGUGAUUAAAGUACUGGACAAGGGAGAAUUGUGUGAACUACAAGAAGUCUCAGGUAUCAGAGUUGAACUGGGCAGCGGAACUAAUCGCUUUGUUCCUGGUCAAAUGGUUCAAGAUGACGAACGUGGCAUGUUUGUGCCUGGGCAAACGGUAUUAAAAGAAGAUGGAUCAAGUGAAUAUACCCCAGGUAUAACUAUUUGCCAGGACGAUGAACCUACCCUUAUUCCGGGUUUGGUUAUGGGGGAGGAAGAGUCGUCACCACUGUUUCUUCCUGGAGAUUCAACAAUUACCGAAGGGGGGCAAUUGCAGUUCGAAGCAACAGAAGAGGACUUACCACCAAAACCAGAACCUCUAAGCGAACCCAGCGAAUCGGGCUCAUCGAGUCCUUCGCGGUCACCUUCUCCGGAACCCGUUGCCGCCGCACCAAAACCCAAACCAAAGAAACAAGAACCGAUUGUGAUUCGUCGCCGAAAUAUUCCUGAACCAACACAACCAGUUGUAAAAGAAAAAGUUAAAAAGAGGCCUCCUAUUGAUGUUAAACCUAAAGAAAAGACACCGCCACCGAGAGUUAUAAUUCGCCAAACGCGACCUCAAGGGGACGAUCCAUUAAAGGCCUUCGAAGAACGACGACGCCAAGAGGAAGAGGAAAGCAAGAAACGGAUGAAAGAACACCUAGAAGAAAGAAAAAGAAAUGAAGAAAAGAAGGUCGAUCAGCUCCGGCUGCAGAUCAGGCAAAAAUACAGAAACAUGAAGUUCGAAAACCCCCCUCCUUACAAGCCAAUGGAACCGGUCACGAAAAGUAAACAACUAGAAGAACUCGAGCAAAGUAUAAUUAAGGGAACGUUCUUUGAAGACGAAAAUACCAAGAAAAUUAUGGAAAAUGUACGGAAUACUUCUCGUCUGCAGCGAUUCGCUGUCGGCUAUUCUGCUGGAUUUAAUAAUUAUGUAGGUCUGGGAUUCGGAAAAUAUAGUUUGAUGGAUUCUGGUUCGAGGACGCUCGGCGUGACCCGCUCCUAUCGGGUGUUAGUAUACUAA